AUGCCGAUAAAGCUCAACCCUCUCACCAAGAUCAUUGGGCUGUCGUCUGUGCUGGCCGUGGGAUUUCUGCUGGUGGUGCUAGCCGGCGCACUGUACGGCAAUUGGUUCCCUAUUUUGGACGCUUUCGUGUUUGCCGUUGCACACAUUCCGAUUUUGAUCACAAAGUACUACGCCUCCGAAUACGACUCGUAUCUGGACGACGCCGAGUUGAGCGCCACGAGCGACGUCGUGGACUUCGGCCGCUUUCUGUCGAGCUUCUUGCUGGUCACCGGGAUAGCGUUCCCGCUGAUUCUGUACCACUGCCACAUUUUGACGCAUUUCGCCACGCAGUUCACCAUCUGCGGUGGCCUACUCAUCUAUGGCGUCGUGGUGACCUUCACGAGCUACUUUGACGGCGUCGAGACCGACGCUCUCGAGUUUUAG